UGGUAGGAGGAGAAAAGGGAUUUCGGGACUCUUCUUUUGUCCUGCAUGAAUGUGUUUGGGGCCCCGACAUGGAUGCAGGGGUCACAUGGUACUACAAAGCGCCGAAUGGGUUAAAAAAGAGGGGGUUGUAGUUUAUGAAAGAGCGGCGGAGGAGAAAGAACAGUUGUUGAUAGUUUGGAGAGGCUACGAGGGGAAUUAAGGCUGAAAACAAGAAGGACAGUUUCGAGCCUUAAAAAGAGCUGAGAGGGCUCCUGGCCAGGUGUCUGCUGAGGCCUCAUCAUGAGCUGGAGCUUCCUGACGCGUCUCCUGGAUGAGAUCUCCAACCACAGCACGUUUGUGGGGAAGAUCUGGCUGACUGUGCUCAUCAUCUUCCGCAUCGUGCUGACGGCCGUGGGGGGCGAGACCAUCUACUACGAUGAACAGGCUAAGUUCGUCUGCAACACGCAGCAGCCCGGGUGUGAGAACGUCUGCUAUGACGCCUUCGCUCCUCUCUCACACGUCCGCUUCUGGAUCUUCCAGGUGAUCCUGAUCACCACCCCUACCAUCAUGUACUUGGGCUUUGCCAUGCACAAGAUCGCCCGCAUGGACGAUGUUGAGUACCGACCUCUUCAUCUCGCCGGGAAGAGGAGAAUGCCCAUCGUGACCCGGGGGGCACAGCGGGACUACGAGGAGGCAGAGGACAACGGAGAGGAGGACCCUAUGAUCACUGAGGAGGUUGAGGUGAAGGACAAAGAGAAGGUGACAGAAGGCUCUGUGAAGAAGCACGACGGUCGGCGGCGGAUCGCGCGUGACGGCCUGAUGAAGGUGUACGUGUGUUCGCUGAUCUCACGCAUCGCCUUCGAGGUGGCCUUCCUGUUAGGCCAGUAUGUCCUCUACGGCUUCGAGGUGGCGCACUCCUACGUGUGCAUGCACUCUCCCUGUCCACACAUGGUGGACUGCUUCGUCUCGCGGCCCACCGAGAAGACCAUCUUCCUCCUGGUCAUGUACGUGGUGUCUCUCCUCUGCACCACACUCACCCUCCUGGAGAUUCUCCAUCUCGGUGUUGGCGGGGUCCGCGACACCCUUCGCAUGCGCGCAAGACAUGUGCCCACGGCCCCGCCAGGGUACCACACUGUCCUGGGGAAGAAGGACCCGUCGGGGAAGAAGGACCCGUCAGGCAAGCUGAAGGCAGAGUUCAGAGAGCCAUUGGUGGGGGACUCUGGGAGGGAGAGCCUGGGGGACGAGGCGUCCAGCAGAGACCUGGAGAGGCUGAGGAAGCACCUGAAGAUGGCCCAGCAGCACCUGGACUUGGCCUACCAGAACGAGGAGGACCAGGGGUCCCCGUCACGGAGCAGCAGUCCUGAGAACAACACCACGGCUGCAGAGCAGAACAGACUCAACUUGGCUCAGGAGAAACAGGCGGCGGCCAGGGAGAAAGGAGUACAUCCCUGAAUCCUGCUUAAUGCCUGCUUGCCUGCCUGCCUGCUUUCUCUUCCCAACUGGCCCUCCACGGAUGGGGAAGCACAUGGGAACACAGCCAGCCAGCGGAGAGACUGAAGAGUGUGGUUGUGUGAGGGAUGGAGGGCCUUGCAGUAUUAAGGGCCAGGGACAACGUGAAUGUAAAGCUGCCCAAGCUUCCGUAAAGCUACAGUACAAAUCUCCUUAGCGUCUGACUCGUUCAACUUGAGUGCCUCCAAAUACUUUGUCAAGUUUCAGCUUGCCCAAACCCCACACCCUACUUUGGCAGUGCCUGUCGCUGAAGCACAGCCUUCUAGAUGUAGUCGACACCCCGUUUAUUUUUGCCCAAAGGUGUUUUGGUUUGUCCGUUGUUUUAAUUUGUUUGGCAGUCAUUCUGUUCUCCGGUCAGUUUCUGUGGUCUGUCAGGUGAAUGGGUCUCAUCCAGUUUAAGCUUUAAUUUACCCCUCUCUAUUGACGAAGUUUACUAGUCGGUCCAAUUUUAAAAGCGAGGCUCAACAAAGUCUUAAAAGCAUUUACUGCACAUGUUGUUAUGCCAGGGCUUGUUGUUGCUGGAUACAGAGUGAACCACAAUGAACACUUGCCUGCGGGGGAUGUCCUUUUGCACAAACAUUAAGAGGAUGUUCGUGCGUCUGUGUGGGUGUGUUGUGUACAAGGUGGUGGGAGGUUUUCUGAAAGUGCAGUUCUUUAACGAACACUUCACUUAAUCUUGGACGCAAACUGUACAGCUUUUGUCUACGUUUUUAGUCAUUAAAAAUGAAUUGUUUUGACAUUCCAUGAGACUCCACUCAUUGUUAAAGCCUUGUAUAUUAGUCAUUCCAACAAAUUGGCCAAAUGUGAUAAAUACCUGGGAAAUGCUUGAAUCCUGUGAUGCCUAUAAAUGUUCUUCCAUGCGGUUGAAACACCUGUAGUCCUCCUGUACCUGUCAUUUUGCUCCUGUCCUGGUUCCUUUUGUUCAUGCUAGUCGGUGUUGUUUUUAAACAUUUUUAUGUUCGUACUGGAUUUCUAAGGAGGCAAAUGCACCAACAUUUGCUUAUGUUGUCAUGUGAUGGUUCUUUGAAAUGGUUGGGUUGGAAACUGGAAACAAUCGUGUGCUGUGUUCAUUUAAUUUUUCCUUUUAUUUGUUUUAUUCGGUACAAAAUAACAUUCCAAUUUUUCUAUUUGGAGUGUUUUUGUUACAUUGUCCCAAGUUUUGUGUUUUUUGCAACUGUAGAGUUUAAAUUCAUAGAAAUACAUGAAUAAAUAUAUUUGAACAGAA